GCUCUAAGCAUUUCUCUCUAGACAAAAAUUCGAGGACCACCGAAAUUAGAUAGAAUUGCCGUUCAAACUGACGAUGCACGAUUCCCGUAGCUGCUGUGUUUACCACUUCGGCCAGGUUCAGAAGUAGUCACCAAAAUAAUCUUAGGCUAGGAAAUUAAGCUGCCAAAACGAGAGAAAGCAGAGGCUAUGGCAUUGCAAUACUACUUUCAUGCAUGCAAAAAUGCCUCGCUCCACGGGAUUUACAUGACGCAAUCAUCCGGUGAGAGGAAAGAAAAUAUCCAAGAGGCAGCAAGGCCUCCGGCAGAGCAAUUUGCACCGUUGGCAUCAACAUUCCGCCGCCGAUUACUAGUGGGUACUGGCUCAGCUUCUCUAGUAGCGGUUGGUGCAAAUUUUGGUGGAAUUACGAGUUCUCUUCUCGGGUUAUCACCAGAAAGUGGUCGGUAUCUUAAGCUGGAUGUGCUUUAUCCAAUUGAAGGCUAUAGCCGUUGUAUUCAGACAAAUGAAGGAUUUGAAUUCAUAUAUCCAGCAAAUUGGGUCGGGGACCAGACGCUGCUGUAUAGAGCAGCUGAGAAGAAAGAAUUUGAGAGAUCACUUGAUCCACCUCCACUAAACAAUAUGCGGCGCAAGAACGUAAAUGAACCAGUUGUUGCUUUUGGUCCGCCGGGUUCAAGUGGGGAGCUCAACGUUAGUGUCAUCGUCUCACCAGUUCCUCUUGAUUUCUCGAUUGAAGCAUUUGGAGGACCAGAGAAAGUGGGAGAAGCUGUGGUGAAGACAAUCACAUCAUCGUCCCGGCAACCGGACGUGAAAGGAACUUUGAUAGGGUCAAGUUUAAGAAAGGAUUCUGCGAGGAAUAUUAAUUACUACGAGCUGGAAUUUAGAGUGGAAAGCCCCUCGUUUCAGAGGCAUAAUGUAGCAGUGUGCUGUGCUCGAAGUGGCAGGUUAUAUACCUUAAAUGCUCAGGCACCGGAAUCUGCAUGGCCAGAUGUUGCCGCAGAUUUCCACAGAAUUGCUGGGUCAUUUAGUCUCUUAUCUUGAUAAAAAAACUAGGAAAUAUUCACAGAGGGAUUCUGCAGAAGCUGUAUUGUUUUUCAACAAUCUGAUGUUUCUAGGCAGCUAGUUCUAACGGUCAUGUUUCACACCAUACAGCAAGAUAUCAUUCUAUAUAUGCAGAUCUUGAACUGUUGCUGCAACAAGAA